AUGGAAAGUUUUUUAGGACUUCUAAGUCUCUGGAUUUUUUUCAGUUUAACUUUUGCAGCAAGUUUGCAAGUCAUUAAAGCUCAAAAUUUUGGAAGUUCUUCAAGCUAUCUGUCUUCAAAUUCCAUAACUUUUCCAGCUGACAGUACAGGUUCAAGUUAUUACUAUUCCAGUAUUUCUACUUCAUCAGCAAUAUUACACACAAAAGACAAGGCUCUUUAUCAAACUGGCUUAUGAGUGGCUUUAGAUUCCCAUUAUAAAUUCAGUGUAAACUUAGCUGAUGGAAAUUAUAUUCUUAUAUUAAGAUUUGCCGAAAUCCAAUACGAUUCUGCCACUUCCAGAGUAUUUUCCAUGAAUUUUUGCGGUCAGUCUCUAUUUGAGUAUCUCGAUAUUUAUCAGUUAACAGGAGGCAAAAACAUCGCUGUCGACUUUUUUUACGAGUUCAGCGUAUCAAAAAAUAUAGUAAAUUACCAAUCCUCUAAUUACGAUCUCACUAAAAAUAAAGGACAGCUUGAUUUUGAGAUUAUUUCAGUAAUCGAUAAAGGCAUAAUUAAUGCUUUACAAAUUAUCAAAGGAAGCUGCGACGAAACAAGAAUUUGUAAUAAUUGUUAUGAUCCUUUAUGUAAUAAGUGCGAUUAUACCACAGGGAUUUGUGAAGAAUGCAUAUAGAAUUUCCCAUAAAUAGCCCACAAAAUAAUUUAAAUUGUUUUUAAUUAGUAGAAAACUAUAGGAAAAUCCUAUAUAUAAUGCGGAGCUUAAUGAUAAAAAUUAUUGUGCAUGUCCAAGUAAAGCAGAUGAUGGAUCAAUUGUAGCAAUUUUAAGUGCCCCAAAGCAAGCUUGCAGCGCUUGUGUGGUAAAAUUGGAUGGGACUGGAUCAAUUGGGAGUGGAGGCUUGACUUAUGCAUGGAUUGCUGAUGGUUUAACAAAAUGAACAGAUCCUGUAUUUUAUUAUACUGUCCCAGAUGUAUCAGUUCAGACUACGACAAAUGUGACUUUAAAGGUUACUGACUCAUGCGGAUUUCAGAAUUCUACUUCGUGGACGAUUUCUAUUGUGAAAGAGUCUGUUAUUGUCGAUAUAAAGGAGUUAUGAUUUGUCAUAUGAUUAGGAUUAUUAAAGUCAGGCGUUAGCCAUAUUGGUGGCGCAGUCACCAAAGACCUCCCGUACGGGGAGGUUCAUCCGCUUUUCGACUCCAGCCCAGAGGGUCUAUCCCUCUUGCGAGUGCCCUUCCGGUACCUUCUGUCUCCUCCUUGCCUUAAGGCUUCAGUCUUGAGUGGGCGGCUUAUGGAUUUCUGCGGCCCUGCUACGGGUGAUUGGAGUAGCUUGAUUCCAGGGAUCAACUCCUUGGAGUCUAUCGGGUGUCGAAGUGCCUUUCUUCGACAGCUACAGGAAAAGGACUGUUCCCCUGUGGCCUGGGCCGAAACCCCCAGUUUCUCGGUACAGGAAUGCCCAUGGGUCCUCGGAUCCAAAGGACGCUGUCGAGCACCUCCAUUUCCAACCACAGGAAAGCAGUCAAAACCUACCCGGAUACACACCUCUAGAGCCUGCACUAGAUUCUCAGCUCGGAGUCCGUCCCAGUUCGCCGUAGCCCAUAAGGUCUGGACUACUGCGCCAAGAGUGCAGGUUGACACGUGUCGCCAUUUUAAUGUAUAUGAUUUGUCAUAUGAUACCAGUAAAUACUCAAGCUUCUCUGCAGACUCCUUAACUGUAGACAAUGGCAAUGUCCAGAAAUAUGAAUGAUCUGUCACACCCCUUGUAAAAGGUUUAAACAAUCCUAAUCAGAAAGAUAUUUCUAUUCAAUUCCCAACCUCUGAUGUAUAUAGUCUUUCUUUAACAGUUUUUAUGGAUAAUGGCAAAUAUGGGGCUGACGUUGCCACAAUUAGUGUAAUGCCAGAGGCUCCAACAAUUUUUGUGACAGGUGUUAACUCUACUUAUAAUAAUUUUACUACAGUAACAUUUAAUGCUACUUUUUUAUAUCAGAAUGGAACUUAUAACAAAAAUUAUGCCAUUGACUACCAGGCAAGCUAUGGAUGCCCGAAGGGAGCAACUUUUCGUAAGGUUGACAAUGGGGAUUUUGUAUUUAAAAGCUAUGGUGAAGUCAAAGAUUAUUAUACCUGCUAUUUUUAUGUAACAGCUGAAAUUUAUUCUGGAUUUAAUGCCUCAACUUUGUGCUAUUUAAAUAUAACAUCUACACCAGUCCCAGAAGUCUACGUCAGUUAUUCUAAGUCAUACUUCGACUGAUCCGCACCUAUAAGAUUUAUGGCAAACAUUCCAGACCAAACAAAUCUUGUGUUUCAGUGAGAACAAACUGACAAUAACACCAAAAUUGAUCCAGCUAUUCUCACUACCCCUACAAACCAGUCUUCUUAUACCAUUCCAGAACGUUGCCUUGAGCCUCAAAAAGAGUAUGAAUUCACAAUUCAUGUAAGAAAUACAAAAACAAAUGCCACAGCAGACGUUUCUACUAGAAGAUGGGUUAAUAGUCCUCCAAGGUAUGGCACGUUUACAGUUACUCCAACUUCAGGGACUGUUUUAGAGACUCCUUUUAGUGCAGUUUUCCAAGGAUUUGUGGAUCCAGAAAAAAACUUGCCUAUUUCUUAUCAAAUUUUUCAAGUCCAAAGCAAUGGGAAAACAGUUGCUAUUACACCAAAAACAAGCAGCAAUAAUUUCAAUAUUACAAUUGGAGAAAGCAGCGGAAAAGUUCCUUUAAUUGGCAGAGUUUAUGAUAGCUUAGGAACUUUUACAGAGCUCAGCUUUAAUAUAACAGUUAAUCCUAGUUCUGUUGGUUCAACUGACCAAGCCAAAAGCCUAUUAAAUAAUGGAGCAAAUAUGGACCAAACCUUAUACAUAUCUAGCAUUGUCGCAAUAUCCCAAUAUACAUUCCAAAACCCAACCAGUGGAACAAGCACAGAAAGUGUGGUCAGCACUUUAUUGCAAGCGCUAAAUAAUUGAUCUGACAGUAAAGAAAUGACUGAUAUUGACGUAAGCACAACUUUUGACGUUAUCAGCGUCUUUCUCAAUGAAAGUUCUAGCUAUGGUGAAGAAUUAAUACAAAAUAUUAGUAAAAGCUUAGAUAAUGCCUUAAGCAAAGCAGACACUCUGGAUGAUAACACUUAUAAGGUGUUUAUUAAACAAGUGGAUGUUGUUUCUGGAAGAUCUAGCCAGAUUUUGAGCAAUGGGGAGAGCAAAAGUAAUAAUGCUACUUAUGCUGAUAUAUGGACAAAAGUCACGAGCUCAUUCAGUCUGUCAUCUGAAAAAUACCAAAAAAAGACCAACCCUAAUGAACCUAUUAUACAAAUCCCAGGAGACACUUUUAGCGUAACUCUGGAAUCUAGGGAUUAUAAUACAGUUAAAAAUGUGAAUUAUUGAAACACUAACUUAUCUAAUUGCACAGUUGCUUUUGAAACAGAUGUAGCCCAGGAUUCUGGAAAUAUCGUGUAUCAUAUUCCCAUUAUAACCACAAGCAAUUUUGGUAACGUUUCUGCUAGUCUACCAACCAAAUUUACCCAAAUUCUUCCAAAUAGCAACACUUGUGAAAUGGAUGGUCUUGACCUAAAUUGUAUCUCCUCUAGCAUAAAUCAAACUUUUGCUUAUAACAUCUCUGAAGAAACAUUUUAUGUGCAGCCUAAUAUUAGCAAAAUCGAUAAAGGAGAACUAAAGCCAGCAACUCAGAUAGUAAAUAUCAGCUCAGUAAGUGUUGUUUUUCCAAGCCCUACGUCUGGUUCUGCCUCAGAUUUAAAUUGUUUUAUAUUAGAUAGCGAAACAGAAGUUUUUGGAAGCUCUCAUUGCGAAACAAUUCCUGAUGGGAACACUGUGACAUGCAAAUGUAACUUUAAUGGCUUAAUUGCACCAUUUCUAUCCCCAGAUGUAAGCUCAGUCAUGAAAUAUGUUGUAGACAAGUUUGAUCCAGAAAUAUACAAUGAAAUGACACUGAUUCCAAUAGCGAUUUUUAGCUUAUUAACAAUUAUUUAUGUGCUUUUAUUUAGAGAUAUGAGAAAACUUGACAGGCUUACUGGAAAAUUCUUAAAAGCUAAAAGUAGAUUUAUUAUAAAAUCUAUUAAAAGAUCAAUUGAAAGUGUCGUUUGGGACACAAAUUUUAAUACAAUUAAAAAAAUUAAAAAAGACUUGGAAAGAAUGAAGACAGCAAUCAUUCAAAAUUUAGAAAAUUUUGACACAAGACCAAUUGAGGAUAGAGAUUUUGUUAAUUUUUUAUUGACGAAAGAUAGGAUUAUUAAGCAUUCAAAAGAAGCACUAUUUAACAUUCAUAUGAAUGAAAUUAGGCCUAUAAUUGAAAAUCUGGAAGACGAAAAUCAGGAGUUUCAAGAAUUAAUGGCAAAAAUAAAACCCAGAAAAAAAUAUUUUGCAAGGCUUGUCUCUAUUUUUAAAACCGACCCAAAUGAAGCUAGAAUUUUUAAACUUAUUGAAGAAAAUAUUAAUCAAGGAACUAAAAUAGAUAAAAAGAUGAAAAAGAGGAUCAUCGAAGACAUAAAAAAUGACUCUAGAAAUGAUAAUUAUGGGAAUGCAGUAGUAGUUAUUGACUUAGAGCUGGAUUCAAAUGAAGAUAUUUUUAUAAGCAUUGACUCACAAAAAAGCUUAUUUAAUUACGACAUAAAUUCUUAUGGGUUCUUUAUAAAAUUUUUGGAAAAAAAUAUGAAAAAUAACUACAAGCCUGAGAAAUCGUUUAUUUACUAUUUUCUCCAAAACAGCUUGGUUUUUGGAUUAAUUAGCUUUACAGAUUUAAAUUUUACGAGGACAGCGAGACUUACUUUAUUAAUGAUAAAUAUUUUCCUUUGCUGCUGGAUUACAAUACUAUUUUUUGGAGCUCAAACGUAUUUUUAUAGUGAUGUCUCUAUCCUUAACUUUUCUCAAGUUCAACUAGUUUUAUAUGCAUUUACGCUCGUAAUUAAUCAAGCUGUUCUUAUGGCUGGGCAAUUUUUGCCUAGCAAUUAUCUUUAUAAAGAGUAUUUAAAGGAAGAAAAAAAAUAUUCAAAUAAAUUAUCCAAGGCAUCUUUUGGUGUGUGCUGGCUUUUUAUGAUAGGAAUGUUUGUUUCUUCAUGCAUUAAUGCAGGAAAUUUAGACUAUGACCAGCAGGUAAGUUUAAUUCAAACCAUUUUUAUUAGCAUGCUUACAACAGUUAUUUUUAUGGGAGUGAUAAAGCCAGCAUUAAUUGCAUUACAUGAAACCAUUGGAAUUCAAAUUCUUAUUAAGAGAUGGCUAUUAGCAUGCUAUGCAGCGUUCAAGAGAAUUUUUUGUUGCAAAAGGAGAGAAAAUGCUUUAAUACAUCCAGUAAAUGAAGACUUAAUCAGAGAUGCUGCAGAAGAACAAAUCUAG